AUUCCGGCCCGAGCCGGGGGGGAGGCCGGGCGUCCGGGCCAGAGUCCGGCCGGAGCGGAGCGCGCCCGGCCCCAUGGACAGCUCGGCCGUCAUUACUCAGAUCAGCAAGGAGGAGGCGCGGGGCCCGCUGCGGGGCAAAGGUGACCAGAAAACAUCUGCUUCCCAGAAGCCCCGGAGCCGGGGCAUCCUCCACUCCCUCUUCUGCUGUGUCUGCCGAGAUGAAGGGGAGGCCCUGCCUGCUCACAGUGGGGCUCCCCUGCUAGUGGAGGAGAAUGGCACCAUCCCCAAGCAGACCUCAGUCCAGUACCUGCUUCCGGAGGCCAAGGCUCAGGACUCGGACAAGAUCUGUGUGGUCAUUGACUUGGAUGAGACCCUGGUGCACAGUUCCUUCAAGCCAGUGAACAAUGCGGACUUCAUCAUUCCCGUGGAGAUUGAUGGGGUGGUCCACCAGGUCUAUGUGCUGAAGCGGCCCCACGUGGAUGAGUUCCUGCAGCGAAUGGGCGAGCUGUUCGAGUGUGUGCUGUUCACCGCCAGCCUUGCCAAGUACGCAGAUCCCGUAGCUGACCUGCUGGAUAAAUGGGGCGCCUUCCGAGCCAGGCUGUUUCGAGAGUCCUGCGUCUUCCACCGGGGGAACUAUGUGAAGGACCUGAGCCGGCUGGGCCGGGACCUCCGGCGGGUUCUCAUCCUGGACAACUCGCCAGCCUCCUACGUCUUCCACCCAGACAACGCCGUGCCCGUGGCCUCGUGGUUUGACAACAUGAGUGACACGGAACUCCACGACCUUCUCCCCUUCUUUGAGCAACUCAGCCGUGUGGAUGACGUGUACUCGGUGCUCAGGCAGCCGAGGCCGGGGAGCUAGUGAGCCGUCCCGGGGCCAGGACAUGCCCCCCCCCCCCAACUGAGGCCCACGCCUCCUCGCUGAAGACUGUAGGUGGCUCCCUGCACUCUGUUAGCGAAGCCCGGGGCUGCCCUGCAUCCACAGCCCUGCAGAAGCAGGUGUCUCCUCUACCAGCCCCGCCUGGCUGCUCCAAGAACAGCGAGCCCCUGGGCCCCUGGUGUCAGUGCCUUCAAACCUCCUCUCCCUUUCUCAGGGGACCCGAGGGGCCUUGCCGGCUGCUCUCCCUUCCUGUCUCCUCCUCUCUCUGCCACCGUGUUCCUCUGCUGCCACAUCGGGUCCCUGAGCCCUGGCUCCGCUGCCGCCCAAGUCAGGGGCAUGGCCUCUCUCUUCACCCCAUGCCUUGGACCCCUCUCCGCCCCCACCCCUAGCAUGGGAACAGUGGACACAAAGUGCCUUACAUACACUCAACGCUUCCCUGGUCAGCUUUCCCAGGUCCAGGCUGGCCUGGGAGGAAACAGUCUUUUCUUUCCCCCACCUUUCUCCCGGGACUGACUGGGUCUCAACCAGUUUCUACUUGGGAAGGUUGGAGGGAAGAGAAAGUCUGUUACCAGUUCUGGAGGGAGCAGGCGACCUUCCUUUGGGACACCACAGUCCAGCUUGUCCAAGGCUGAUGGCCGCUCCCCACAUCACUUAAGCCCUGACCCCUGACUUCUGCCUUAACCACCCCAAGGCCCUGGGGCUUGGGUCCUGGGGCUGUGAGUACGGGGGAGUAGGCAGGACCCCCUGUGGUGCCGUAUAAAUAUGUAUAUGUGUAUAUAGAUUUUUGAGGGAAGGGGGAGAGUACAGACACUUCUCCCUCACUCCUUCCCUGGGCCCAGAAACUAGAGGGGGAGGGAGGGAAGGAGGGAAAGGAUUUUUACAUUUUUUAAACUACUAUUUUCUGAAUGGAGCUAGUUGGGAGUCACUCCUAACCCUUUUGCUCUGUUCAUUCAAAAAGCAUUUAUUGAGCACCUUUUGUGCCCAGCUGUGGGGAGGGGUCUUCACACGGUAACUGGUGCCUUACCCCCCUCCACCCCAGACUUCACUGGUGCCUUAGAGUGUCUACAGGAGGUGGAAACUUCUUGUGGGGUUUGAGGGGUCUCCAGGAAGCCUGGCCAAGCUGUCCCCCACCCCCACCCCGUGCCAAUCCACCCCCGCAGUCUCCUCCCUGGCCCCCUGCUGGCUGGGGGCACGGUUCCCGGGACACCACCUUUCAACUCUGACUUGUUUCUGAAGCCCUUCCCCACACAUGCUGCGUCUAGAGGUCAAGUCCUCGGGCUGUUCCCAGGGUGUUCCGGCUAAGUGGAUCCACAAACCAGUGCCAAGGGAGUUUGGGGGGGGGGGCGGGAUUUGGUUGGCCUGAUCUUCCCAUUUAAGUGCCUUCUCUGUGCCAGAGCCUCACAGUGUGAUAACUAAAGAGAAAGCUGGA